CUCACCUACCUUCUUUCCCUCUUCGCCCUUUCAUUUUCUUGUCUCCGCCUGCAUGAGAUUUACGGACGCAGUUUAUUGCGGUGCGGCAUCUUGCGCUCUCUCGAAAACGCCCUUGACUCGCCGUGUUGCGGAACGAGCGAGCCUCGGCUGAGAAAAGUAAACAAAAGGACGAUCCAUCAUUCCACCUUACGCGGACCCUUUCAAACUCGUCGUUGCCCAAACCCUCGGUCGAGCUCAAAGCUCUCCCCCUUCAGGCGUGUCCGAAUCCUGAGCUUCCAGUGACGUUCCGACGCAGCCAUGUCUUACUCGUACACCGUGACGGAGCGCAAACGGAAGACGACCUCCUCUGGCGGGUACGGAUACUCAGGCAGCAGGUCGACGUUUGGGUAUUGGGUUCCCCUUGCUCUCACCGUUACGGCGGCAACCAUUGGUCUCGCUGCAUGGGUAUGGGGUGAGAGGAAAGAUGACGAGGAAUCGAGUGAAGAUGAACAAUACCAGGGAGCGCCUCCUCCACCAGGCUAUGCAUCGAUGAGCGGCGCUCUACCUCCCGGACCACCAAUGGCAGCUGGCUUCCAAGGAGGACCUCCUCCUCCAGGAGGCGCUCCCAUGCCAAUGACACCUGGCCCACAGCAGCCUGGAGGGUUCGGCGCACCUCCUCCGCCGGGUGGUUACCAAGGGCCUCCACCAGGGGGUUUUCAGGGACCCCCUCCUCCUGGAGGGUUUCAAGGUGGACCUCCACCUCAAGGAUGGCGCGGGACAGAAGAAGAAUACCGUACUCGCUCAACUGCAGUAGAGGAGCAACAAGAGACCGGUAUCGUCGCUCGCAUGUCCAGUGCACUGGGUUUCGGUCGAUCAGUUACUCCCUCAGGCGAUCGAUCGCGCAGCCAGGGUCAAGCUCAAUCAUAUGACUGGGCUAACAAGCCAUUUGCUUCCGCAACAGCGGCGGCGGGAGCUAUGGUUGGUGCUGCUAUAAGCACCCUAAGUGGAGGAGGUGGUGAAGGCUACGAGGACCACGAACGAUGGAGUGAGGAGGCAGAACAGCGAGACAAUGACCGUCAGAUCAAACAAGGCAUCCAGAGGCGCGGAACAGCUGACGAGUUCUUUUCGGGGAGCAUCGAGCUGCCCAAGUCUGCAUCUAUCGCCAACCGGAAAAGAAAAACGGUGGCUGUGGUAGUAUCAGCCGUUGCAUUGGAACCAGAUACCGAGUCGGAUGCUGAACAUGCGUCGAUCCUUUCACAUCUCCCGGAAUAUAUCGAACCUGACGCAACACGAGUCUUUGUCCUGAUCUACGCCCCAGAACUGAAAAUGCACCCACUCAGCCACGCAACAAGACGGCCCUCACAAUCCAUGACAUCUUCAUUCUCAAACAUUAGCCAUGCAGAUGCACACACUCCUGCCCAGACACCAGGGGAAUUCCCCAGCGAUGGCAUCCUUACUCAGGUGGAUCCGAACCCGAUGGACGAAUCGACUUCUCUCUUCAAGACUCUAUACAAUCAAGCUGUGGGUAUUGUGGAUAAAGAUACAAUGGUGCUGCCCUACACCUCACCCAACGGACAUAAACAUAUCCUCCGCAGCCUCUCGCCCGAGGUUGUGUAUAUUCAAGAGUCUCUCUGCGGUCGUGAUGGCGAGAUCGUCUCAGAGUUAUCUGGCUGGGUCAAGCAGACUGUCAUUGUAAUUGGCGACGAAGGUGGCCAUGGUGGCCUGAUCGAUACGGACGAUGAAUCUGUAACUCACAAGGCAACAGAAAAGUGGUGGCAGAAGGAAGAGAGGACGGGACUGGGGAAAAGAGUAGCUGUGGUGGAAAGUCUGAAGAUUGGGGAGGAUUGGGACAGACGGAUCAAUGAGAAAGAUUGAAGCUAGGUGUGGGAGCGAGAAGAGUGAUGAUUGACGGCACCGGUAAUGUUGUGAUGAAGCCUUUUUUUCUUGUUUUGGAGAUGCAAUCAUGUAUCUGGCUGAUUAUGGUAGCGCCUACUGGAGGUUAUUGCUCGCUUCACACGGUCCUCCUCAAUCGCCUUUGCCUUCGUUACCUUCAAGCACUUCCUGCAUCCUCUUCUCCAACGGCCUCGUGUCGAUGAACGUUUCCAUCCGGUAGCAAAUUAGUCCUCCCGUAUUCGCUCCGUCACCCAAUGCUCCAUCAUCCUCUCCUCUCUCCCUGACAUAGAACGUCGCAAAGCCCGGAAUCUCUACAUCCGCCUUGCCACU